AUGACGUUGAUCUCUUCAAUGCUCUUCCUCUUUAUUAUGCCUAUGGUUUCUUCCCAGAGCCCCGGAUGUGGGAUGCCAAUGUGCGGGGGAUAUCGGCCUUAUGCUGUUCCACAGCCACCUCUACUGCCUCAACCUCAACCUUUACCUCAGCCUCAACCAUACAAAGCAGCCUACCCACAACAGCCUUUACCUGCCCAACCUCAACAAUCUUAUUACUACACAGGAGGAUAUGCUCAACCACCAACUCCAAAUGUCUUAGCUCAAGUCGAUGAAGACUUGACUACUGUUCCUCCUUUAGUUGACAACAAGGCUUCGAUUUAUGAACGAUAUGAACCUAAAGUAGAUGAAGGGGAGAGCAAUACUCCAGUUCCUAUAGUCACUCCACCAGUCAAUCAAACUACAUAUAUUCGUGAGAAAUAUAUUCCUGAUCCAUAUCUCCCAAGACCAAUGCCGUACAGACCCCAUCCACUUCUUCCAGCAGGCUGUCCUGUUCUCCCACCUCAAUACCUCAGACCAACUCCUUAUAUGCCUCGAGGAUAUGUAACUCCAAUUUCAUACAUAGCUCCUCCACCACCAACACCAGCGCCAAUUACUUUGCCUCCUUUCACUUUCCCCACUCUACCUCCUCUUCAACCACUUUUCCCUCCUCCAACUCCAGCUCCAAACGUAUACGGAACUUAUUAUCGUCCAAUCAAUGAUUGUUGUGGAAGAUGUGGAGCUCCAUGUCGAUUCAAGAUGCACGGAACAAAAACGCAAGAUGGAAAGUCUUUCAGCCCUAUUAACGAGAAAGCUGAAUACUCAAAGAAAGAUCCCAAAUGUUCGGAUGAACAACUCAGAGAUAUCAUGGUGAAGUCUACCACACAAACUGCUGCUCUAUCAAAGAGGUUAAUACAGAAGAAAGCUGAAGAAGAAAUGGGAGGUUUGUUCUCUGUUUUCUGUUCUCGAGAAGACUUCUCAUACGUGGCUCGAAGUGAGAUCUUCUGCCAAACUUCUACAAAUGACGUUAUCUGUUAUGCAUUCCAACACAAUUAG